AUGCCUGCCGAGUUGCAGUUGAAGAUACUGUCCGAUGCUCCUGCCCGCGAAAUUCAGCGAUGCCGCGCCAUCAGUCGCCACUACCGGGAUCUCAUCGACCUCGAAGCCAACCGCUCCCUCUGCAGCGUCCCUGGACUCGCACGCUCGACCGCUAGAUUGCAAGCGUUCAUCGAGAGAUAUUGCGAGUACCCAAUGACCAAAAUCGACGAGUAUGGCCACGAUCAUGCACUUCUCGAUGCGUUUCUCGACUACUUGAUGCUACACGGUGUCUGCGAUCCUACGCGCGACGAGAUGAAGGCAUUGUGUCAGGUUUCCCCAUUCGCGCAAUACUUCAUUGCACGGCAAAAUGGUUCUCCCAGCUACUCCGUCAUGAGAACGAACGACUAUCUUCGACUUGCUUGCAACCAACUUUUUUUGCACUGUUUUAUCUAUUCAAGCUGA